UAGUUAACUACCUUAAAAUAUAAACUGUUUAUUUAAUCUAGAAAAUCACAGCAGAAAUGGCAGAAUUUCUGCAGAAGCUACGAAAGAAGGUGAAAGUUGGAGUUGUAGGUGGUUCAGACUUUGAAAAAAUUCAAGAGCAGCUGGGAGAUGAUGUUGUUGAAAAGUUUGACUACAUCUUUCCAGAAAAUGGUCUAGUCUCAUACAAAGAUGGGGUGUUGUUGUGCAAGCAGAGCAUUCAGAGUCAUCUGGGUGAGGACUUGCUCCAAGAUCUAAUCAACUACUGUCUGAGUUACAUUGCGAAGAUUAAACUGCCAAAGAAAAGGGGUACUUUUAUUGAAUUCCGAAAUGGGAUGCUGAAUGUGUCCCCUAUUGGGAGAAGCUGCAGCCAGGAAGAGCGAAUUGAGUUCUAUGAACUUGAUAAAAGGGAACAUAUAAGAGAGAAAUUUGUAGCUGAUUUACAAAGAGAAUUUGCAGGAAAAGGCCUCACAUUUUCUAUAGGGGGACAGAUAAGCUUUGAUGUAUUUCCACAUGGCUGGGAUAAGAGAUACUGCUUAGGAAUUGCUGGCAAGGAUGGAUACAAGACUAUCUAUUUCUUUGGAGACAAGACCAUGCCCGGUGGAAAUGAUUAUGAAAUCUACACAGACUCCCGAACAGUAGGCCACAGUGUCACAUCACCAGAAGACACAAGAAGAAUCUGUGAAGAGCUGUUUUUUAAAUAACUUUGUUUUCCUUUAGGAUAUGAUAGCAGCCAAACACUGGGUUCAGAUACAGUCAAGAAGAAAUACCCAGCCUUUCAAAUAUGAAAUAUCUGUUCUUUUCAGUGGUGUGUGUUUGUAAUGGUUCCUGAACAGAAGACAUCCUAAUAAUUAUGUCAUAGACUGGAAUGUUAAACAAAUGUUGCUAUAUUUGAUAGUUAGGAACAACUCUUUUGUAUUUCCAGACAGGUUUAAUUUAGUUAUGUACUCAUGUUUUAAAAAUGAAUGUGAUCUAACUAGGCUACUGUUUUUUCUCUAAAAUGGUACAUCAGGGAACAUAAUUAAUUAACUCCUACAACUAAAAUUUUUCGAUCAGAUUAACACUACCUGAUUAACUCCUCAUAGGUUGAAAUUAAAAUUUCAUUGUCUUA